AUGACCAAACCCUUUGCAAUCAUCGCCGGUGUCGGUCCCGGCACGGGCGCCUCCAUAGCCAGACGCUUUGCCAAGGCAUACUCUGUCGUGCUUCUGGCACGCAACCCGGCAAGCUUCGAGCCGGUCGUGAACGAGAUCAACACCAGUGGCGGCCAAGCCGUCGGGAUCAGCACCGAUCUCUCAGACUCGGCGAGCGUCCGGUCCGCAUUCGACAAGAUCUCAAAGCAAUAUGCCGGCUCGGCCCUCGCCGCGGCGGUCUUCAAUCCCGGUGGCGGGUUUGUGCGCAAGCCGUUCCUGGAGUUGACGGAAGAAGAGUUCACCCAGGGUUAUGAAAGUCAAGGAAAAGGAGGGUACCUUUUCGCCAAAGGCGCGCUGCCUCUGCUUCUUGAGGCGAAAGGCCUCCCGCAUCCGCCUACGCUGAUUUUCACCGGCGCAACCGCCAGUCUGAAAGGGUCGGCGAAUUUCUCGUCCUUUGCCUCGGGCAAGUUUGCUCUGAGGGCGUUGGCUCAGUCGCUGGCGCGCGAGUUCGGGCCGCAGGGUGUACAUGUCUCGCACGUUAUCAUCGAUGGGGUCAUCGAUAUCCCGCGGACUAAGGCGUGGAAGUUUGAGCAUGAAGAUGCCAAGCUGGAUCCAGAGGCUAUUGCGGAGUCGUAUUGGCAUCUGCAUACGCAGCCACGCACGACGUUUGGGUUUGAGCUGGAUCUGCGGCCCUAUGUGGAAAAGUGGUAG